CUAAACCACAUACACAUUUUCCAUUUCAACAAAUUCUCAUACUUGUUGACCAUUAUAUUAUAUAAUAUAAUGUCAAAAAUCCCAUCUUUAUUACUUUUCUUUUUUUCUUUUUUGUUUCCAUUGAUGAAUCUUGCAGCUGCAUUUAUUAUUACACACACAUGAACAACAUGAAGUCCACACCUACACACACACCCACCACAAGUUAAUUGUGAGAUAUUACGUUGCAAUCAAAUCCAUUUUAAUUUCACAUUAAAUUUAAUUAAUUUGUCCCUUUGUCUGCAGGUUGUUGUUUCAAUUCUUGGGUUUUAUUUUUUAGUUCUUUCCUCAGAUGAUUUUAUUGAUUUGCCGACGUGGCCCCCACUAUUAGUGUGUCUGUGUGUGUGUGUGUGUAUUCUUUGGUUGUUGUCUGUGGUUUUCCUCCUCUGAAUUCUGAUUAUCCCUUUUGAUAAAUAAAUAAUAAUUAAUUAAAAAAAAAAGGAAUCUUUAUUGAUUGGAAUAUCAACUAUUGUGCCAAAGUUUCAAUCUUGGGUUUUUUUUAAAGCUCUGAUUCUCAGCUCAGAAUCUGAUUCUUAGUGAUUUCUAGAAGCUUCUAAUAGAAUUCAUAAUUCAUGUGUAUUUAGGAUGGGUUUGUGUUGGAAUGUUCUUCUGUUGCUGUCGCUUCAUUUAGGCAUUUUAUCGAACGGGUUGAGUGCGAGUGCUUCUUCUUCGUCUUCGAGGCCGAAGGUAGUGAAUGUUGGAGCUAUUUUCACGCUCGAUUCUACUAUUGGAAGAGUUGCCAAGAUUGCCAUUGAAGAAGCUGUUAAUGAUGUCAACUCCAAUUCGAGUGUUCUCAACGGAACGAAACUCGUCGUGGAUAUCCGAAAUUCAAAUUGCAGUGGAUUUCUCGGUUUGGUCGAAGCUCUCCGAUUCAUGGAAACCGACGUAAUGGCAGUAAUCGGGCCGCAAUCCUCCGUGGUAGCCCACACAAUACUCCACGUAGCCAACGAGCUUCAAACCCCGUUCCUCUCCUUCGCCGCAACAGACCCCACUCUCUCCUCUCUCCAAUUCCCAUACUUCCUCCGAACAACCCAAAGCGACCUCCAUCAAAUGACCGCAAUCGCCGAACUCGUCGAGCACUACAACUGGAAGGACGUAAUCGUAAUUUUCAUCGACGACGACUACGGCAGAAAUGGCCUCUCCUCGUUGGACGACGCCCUCUCGUCGAGACGUUGCCGCGUCUCCUACAAGGCGGGGAUCCCACCGGGCGACAUCACCCGUAGUGACAUCAUGGAUAUUCUAGUCAAGGUUGCCCUAAUGGAGUCGCGCGUCAUCGUCCUCCAUGCGUACCCGCAUGUGGGGUCUGUCGUGUUCGACGUGGCGCACUAUCUUGGAAUGAUGGACGAGGGCUACGUCUGGAUAGCAACCGAUUGGCUCUCGUCGGUUCUUGAUUCUUCUCCACUGCAUUUUUCCGAAGCUAUUACGGCUUCUACUCAAGGGGUUCUUGUUCUUCGUCAACACACGCCCGAUUCGGAGAAGAAACGGGAAUUUUUAACGAGAUGGAAUAAAUUAACCAAGGGUUCUUUAGGGGUAAGCACGUACGCGCUCUACGCUUACGACACCGUUUGGUUACUAGCUCAUGCUAUAGAUUCGUUUAUUAAUCAAGGUGGGGUUAUUUCUUUUUCGAACGAUUCGAGUUUAGUGAAUUCGUUGCAAGAAAGUAAUCUCAACCUCGAAGCGAUGUCCAUUUUCGACGGAGGUCCACUUUUAAUGAAGAAUAUCUUGGAGAGUGAUUUCGUUGGCCUAACGGGGCCCGUUAAAUUCACUCCCGAAAAAUCUCUUGUUUUUCCAUCUUACGAGAUUGUGAAUAUAAUCGGAACCGGUCUACAUAGAGUUGGCUAUUGGUCGAAUUAUUCGGGAUUAUCGGUUGUGGCACCCGAGAUAUUAUAUUUGCAGGGCCCGCCUAAUCGUUCGAGCGCGAACCAGUUAUUGAAUGGUGUGGUUUGGCCCGGGGAGACAACAAGGGCCCCACGUGGGUGGGUGUUUCCGAAUAACGGGAAGCAAUUGAAGAUCGGUGUGCCGCGUAGGGUUAGUUAUCGGGAGUUUGUGUCGCAGGUUUCGGGGGCGAAUACGUCAAAAGGGUUUUGCAUUGAUGUGUUCACUUCUGCGGUGAAUUUGCUGCCUUACGCCGUUCCUUAUCAGUUUGUACCGUUUGGAAACGGGGUCGAAAAUCCAAGUUACGACGAGCUAGUGAAGUUGAUCACUACUGGAUAUUUUGAUGCGGUGGUUGGUGAUAUUGCGAUUGUGACGAACCGAACAAAGGUUGUUGAUUUUACGCAACCUUACGCAGCGUCGGGGCUUGUGGUGGUGGCCCCCGUGAAGAAGUUGAAUACAGGUGCUUGGGCUUUUCUACGGCCGUUUUCUCGACAAAUGUGGGGAGUUAGUGCCGCUUUUUUCGUCUUUAUCGGGAUUGUUGUUUGGACUUUGGAGCAUCGGACUAAUGACGAGUUUCGUGGGCCGCCGAAGCAGCAGCUCAUAACGAUUUUAUGGUUCAGUCUCUCGACUCUAUUUUUUGCCCACAGGGAGACUACAGUGAGUACGCUCGGGCGAUUAGUGCUAAUAAUAUGGCUAUUUGUGGUACUAAUAAUAAACUCGAGCUACACGGCGAGUUUGACGUCGAUUCUAACAGUACAACAGCUUUAUUCUCCGAUCAAAGGAAUCGAGACCUUACGAGAAGGAAAUGACCCUAUUGGAUUUCAAGUCGGAUCUUUUGCCGAACAUUAUUUGAGAGAGGGAAUUGGGAUACCUCAAUCGAGGCUCGUGCCACUUGGCGGUCCCGAAGCGUAUGCGGAAGCUCUUCAAUUGGGCCCCGAGAAAGGUGGGGUUGCGGCUGUCGUUGACGAGCGGCCGUAUAUCGAGCUUUUCUUGGCGAGUCAAUGCAAGUUCAGGAUUAUUGGUCAAGAGUUCACUAAAAGUGGAUGGGGUUUUGCAUUUCCACGAGAUUCUCCAUUGGCAAUCGAUUUAUCGACCGCGAUCCUAACACUCUCCGAAAACGGAGAUCUCCAACGAAUACACGACAAGUGGCUAACAAUGAGCACUUGCAGUUCAGACAACACCGAGCUCGAGUCGGAUCGGCUUCACCUAAAGAGCUUUUGGGGACUCUAUCUUCUAUGUGGGAUAGCUUGCUUCAUCGCUCUCCUAAUAUACGUAUUCCAAAUCUUUCAUAGGUUUCGACACGCUGCCACGGAGGAUUACAGCCCCGAUGGUGGACCCUCAGGUGGGGGCUCGCGCUCCAAACGCCUUCAGACAUUGUUAUCCUUAAUCGACGAGAAAGAAGAUUUGUCGAAAAGAGAUAGGAAAAGAAGAAAGAUCGAGAAAGAAAACGACUUGGAAAUGGAUUCGAAGCGAAGCCAUUCGCAGGUUUGUUCCUCCGAGAAUAAUAGCUUUAACUUGAGGAGUUGAAUUUUUUUCGUAGAUUAAUUUGUAUAAUUUUUAUAUGAAUUUAAAAAGGACUAUAUAAUUUGUACAAUCUAAAAAAAAUCAGUGAACAAUUGUACAUAAUAGUUAUUACACAUGCAUUUAGUUCU